UGCGCAUGCGUGGUUGUUAUCAGGCUGUCCGUACAUGUGUGCCAUCUUCGACAGUUUCCAUCAAUGAAAACGUAAUUUUACGUAUCCACGAAGUCGUUUUAUUAGAAGUAGUGUUGAAUACAACAUGUCGUAUAAUCAAGGGAAGGAUUAUAAGGAGUCAAAGUAUGACAAGUAUGGAUACGAUAACAGAUACGAAUCACACACAGGUGAUCCUAGCAAGGACUUUGCAAUCCGCGGUGAGGAUUUCUCUCGCCGAGGAGCAAACCCUACCUACAUCGUCCCAGAGGACAUCAAGAGAUUUCUCCUAGAUUUCCAGGGCCAUAUCCGAGAUAAAAAUGUCUAUGACAUCAACCAUUGCUAUGAAACGACUUUCAACAAGCUAUCAGAGAGUUACUUCAAAAAUUCAUCAUGGCCCUCUGCUGAGAUAGUAGGUGAAAUCGUGAAUAAUGAUGAAGUGUUUCUCAUCCUCUACAAGGAGCUUUACUACAGGCAUAUAUUGGCCAGGACUCCGAGUGGUCCAGACCAGCAGCAGAGGUUUGAGUCUUACUACAACUACUGUAAUCUCUUCAACUAUAUCCUCAAUGCGAAUGGGGGUCCAGUGGACCUGAAGCUUCCGGAUCAGUGGCUGUGGGACAUCAUUGAUGAGUUCAUCUAUCAGUUCCAAGAAUUCAGCAAGUAUCGCAGCAAACUUUCAAUAAAGUCAGAAGAUGAAAUAGGUGUACUGAAGGCCAAUCCAAAGAUCUGGAACGUCCACAGUGUUCUCAAUGUUCUGCACUCCCUGGUAGAGAAGUCUGGUAUCAAUCAACAGCUUGAGGCGUACGGGUCUGGAGUUGAUGAUCCUGAGUCUGAAUCGUCUGAUUUUGGCCGUCAUCCUCUCUACAAGAUGCUUGGGUACUUCAGUCUGAUUGGUCUCCUGCGUCUUCAUUCUCUCCUGGGAGACUACUACCAGGCCAUCAAGGUCCUCGAACAUAUCCAGCUUAAUGAACAGACAUUGUACUCCAAAGUGGCCGCAUGUCAGAUCAGUACCUACUACUACGUUGGCUUUGCUUACUUGAUGAUGAGACGUUACCAAGACUCCAUCAGGAGUUUCACCAACAUCCUCCUCUUCAUCCAGAGGACCAACCGCAUGCUGACCACCGGCUCCUACCAGGUGGAUGUGAUUAAGAAGCUUCAGGAUAAGAUCUACAGGCUUCUGGCCCUGGUACUCACCCUGCAUCCUAUGCGUAUUGAUGAGAGCGUGCACAUGCAGCUUAGGGACAAGCUGGGUGAUAAGCUAACAAAGAUGCAGAGAGGAGAUGUGGCCACCUUUGAGGAGUGUUUCUCCUCUGCCUGCCCUCGUUUCCUGUCUCCCGUCCCACCAAACUACGAGGAAGCAAACCCGAGCUCCAGCAAGGAGCCCUUCACCCUCCAGGUCAAGGUCUUCAUGGAGGAGGUCAACCAACAGCUCGUUAUUCAGACCAUCAGGAGUUUCUUGAAGUUGUAUACCACAAUGCCUGUCUCCAAGCUGGCCAUUUUCCUGGACAUGAGUGAGGAAAAUUUCCGCACAAAGCUUCUCUGUUUCAAGCACAAAAUGAAGAACUUGGUCUGGACCAAGGGGGCUAGCGGUCUAGAUGGAGAGUUUCAGUCUGCAUCAGAGGUAGACUUCUACAUUGACGGGGAGAUGAUCCACAUUGCAGAUACCAAGGUGGCCCGUCGCUAUGGUGAUUUUUUCAUUCGUCAAAUUCACAAAUUCCAUGAUCUGAACCGGAAUCUGAAGAAGAUUGCCUCUUCAAACUAGUGCGCAACUUUAAAAGAAAGAAACAUCCGAGUAAUGAUGUCAACUUCAAACAACAGUCAGGAUUUUGGGGUAACAUGGCUGCAACAUGAACUUUUUGCGGAAGAAACAUCUACUCUUCACAACAAUGGGAACAAUAGGUAGUUUGGAUAGAAGUUGUGGUAGCUUUUGUGGCAGCAACAAGUGUGACAAUAUGGGGACAUGUUUGACAAUUUUCCGGAAGCAUGCACCGAUCAAGUUUCCUCCCUUAUUCUUUAUGUUGGAAUUGUUAUGAUUUAAUAUGCAUGGAAUUUCUUCGAGUAGUAUGUUUCAAAUAUACUGUAUUACAUUUCUCUUUUCAAAAGAAUAAUUUGAAUUUUUAUGCAAUUGGACCAUGCAAAGAAUAAUGUAAUAAUCUGUACAUUAAAUAUUGUGAUAUGCCAGGCUGUCAUAAACCCUUAGGAGAGGUGGAAGAAACACAUUGGAAAUACUCGGUAAAACUAGUUUUUAAAAAUUUUCAAAUCUUAACCUCAUCAGGAAGUUAUUUCCUCCUCAGUGAUUGUUAUGUCAUACUAGUGAAAGUUCUUUGCAGUGUUGGUUUAGGUAUUGGCUUAGAACUCUGAAUAUCAAACUGUAAGUCAAUUAUGAAUUAUGAUUUUUUUUUUUGGGGGGGGGGGGCAACUCACAUCAUUUAAUACCUAUUGUGCAGCUACUAAAUAACAUACUGAUCUAAUGCAAGUCCACACAUUCCAUUUAUUAUGCAGGUUAUUAUUAUGAAGGUAUUUUUAUGAACGACCUGGACGCCACACUAACUUCUUUGGAAGGUGGUCCAGAUGCUACUUUUUAUAAUAUGUAUGCAUGAGCCCUAUGUAAAAAUAUAGGGAGUCUGGACUUCAAUUUUUGGCGCCCAUGUGUCCCAGGCUCCUGUUAGUGAUGGGCCCUAAUGGCAACCAAUUGGAAUGUUUCUACAACAAGCAAAGGGUUGGAUGAUGUGUGAAUUGUUAAAAGCUUCUGUUAUAUUUUCUGUUUCCUCUUGUCACACAACUGUUUCAGGAAUUCUUUAGAAGCCAAACUCCGAAGGAUUUUCUUUCCAUUUGCAUCCUGUUAUUAGUUUUAAGAAACAUAACUAUAUAGAUAAAGUAGUUUAUUAUACAACCCUUGAUAGUCAUAUGGUUUCACAAAGGUGCAUGUACGUAUUAUCUUCUUUUGGCAUAUAUUUUGAAAGACUCUUGAUAUACCAGGUAUUUAUUAAAGAAAGCAAGAAAUAACAUGUCUUGAAAGACUUUGCAUGAGAAAUUUCAAGAUUUUUCUUUGCCCAUCUUUAACCAUCUAUUAACAAACCGAUAUUUUAUGAGAUGUUCUUUUUGUUAUUAAGUCCCAUUUCCAAUCAUGGGCAUGUAUUUUAUUAUCAAAUAAACAUUAAUAAUUGUGUGCAUGUGAUCAUUCACAGAAAAUGUAAUUCUGUCUCAUCCAUAUUUAUGUGGUAUUAGAAUUGGCUAGUUUAGUUGUUGAAAUUCUCUGGUAAAGAACGCUGUACAAUGGAUCCAUAUUUUUGUUAAUCAUUGUACAUGUGUGUAACAGAAUCUGAGGAUAUGAUGUUACUAGUGCAUCAUGAAAUAAACAAAUGUGACAUUAAAAUA